AUGAACUAUCAAAAGAUCUACGGUAUUACAGGACCUGUGUCCACUGCAGGCUCUACGGCAGCAGAAAACAGGCUUAAUGAUGAGCUGAUUCAGGAGCUGAAGAGGGAGGGCUCUUUUGAAACGGAGCAGGAAACCGAAAAUAGAGUUAAAGUCCUAAAAAUUCUGCAAGAAUUGGCUCAAGAGUUUGUUUUCAGGGUAUCCAAAAAAAAGAAUAUGUCAGAUGGUAUGGCAAGAGACGCUGGUGGUAAAAUAUUCACUUUUGGUUCUUAUAGACUUGGCGUCCACGGGCCUGGCAGUGAUAUAGACACAUUGGUUGUUGUACCUAAACAUGUCACUAGAGAUGAUUUUUUCAUGGUUUUUGAUGAGCUUCUGAGAGCCCGUCCUGAAUUGGAAGAAAUUGCACCGGUACCGGAUGCAUUCGUGCCUAUAAUAAAGAUAAAAUUUAGUGGAAUAUCCAUAGAUUUGAUUUGUGCUCGACUUGACAUUGCACAAGUCUCGCAGUCCUUAACUUUGGCGGACAAAAAUUUGCUGAGAAACUUGGAUGAGAAAGAUCUUCGAGCCUUAAAUGGUACCAGAGUAACUGAUGAGAUUUUGGAAUUAGUUCCAAAACCCAUAGUAUUCAGAAUUGCGUUAAGAGCUAUUAAGCUUUGGGCUCAACGCAGAGCCGUGUAUGCCAACGUUUUCGGAUUUCCUGGAGGUGUGGCUUGGGCUAUGCUAGUUGCCAGAAUAUGUCAAUUAUAUCCGAAUGCUAAUAGUGCAGUUAUAUUAAAUAGAUUUUUCAAAAUUUUGUCUGAAUGGAAAUGGCCCCAACCAGUUGUUUUAAAACCUAUUGAAGAUGGACCUCUACAAGUACGGGUGUGGAAUCCGAAAAUUUACGCUCAAGACAGAUCACACAGGAUGCCAGUUAUUACUCCAGCUUAUCCUUCAAUGUGUGCUACGCACAACAUUACCGACUCGACAAGAAAGGUCAUUCUAGAAGAAUUUGAAAGGGGCAUUCGUAUAACGACUGACAUUUUUUCAAGCAAAAAGAAAUGGGUUGAUCUCUUUGAAAAGCAUAACUUUUUCUAUAAAUAUAAGUUUUACUUGACGGCUAUGGCUGCUACUAGAGGAAACGACGAGCAACAUUUAAAAUGGAGCGGAAUGGUUGAAAGUAAGGUCAGGCUUCUCGUUUUGAAAUUGGAAGCAUUGAGUGGAAUUAAAUCAGCACACCCAUUCACCAAGCCAUUUGAGGCAGUAUAUUGUUAUUCUACCAAUGAAGAUUGUAAGCAUAUUUUAGACAGUUUCGGUACGCAUAAGACUGAGGAGGAGCUUCGGAACUUUAAAAGGGUCACUGACGAAAAUAAAGGUGAUGAGGAAAUAGAAAAACAAUCAAAAGUCUACAUUACUACGAUGUAUAUUGGGUUGGACGUUAACGUGGAGGAUAAAAAGGAAAAGAUUGAUAUACAUGUUCCUUGUAAUGAAUUUUUUAAUUUGUGCCGGAACUUCAACGAGGAAUAUCAGGAUUCUGAGGUCUAUUCAUUGGUGAUAAAAUACGUGAAAUUGCAUGAUUUACCAGAUGACGUUUACGAGGAAGGUGAAGAAAGACCAGUAAAAAAGAAGAGUAAGAGAAAAAAAAUGGAUAAGAUCAGCAAUGGCUCGAAAAGGACUAAGUCUGAAACAUCAAAUACUAAAGAGACUUGCAACAAUUCGGACUCUGCAGAGACUAAUGGUUCAGGCACAACUCAAAACGGUUCUGUUACAGCAAGUACGGCAACCGAGGUAACGAAGGCAUAA